AUGGCCUCCAGAUCAUCGGCCAACGGCCGAAAAAGGCAGCGGUCUGAAAUUGAACAAGAUGCGUCGCCGACCAUUGAGGAUACCGGCAUCGAGACGACUCCGAGCGUGAAAAAGGCCCGGGUCGAGGAGCGCAAGACGCUAUUCGUCCGUUCAAUCCCCAAAACUGCAACAAGCGACUCGCUAGCAGAGUUCUUCUCGAACCAUUUUCCUGUCAAACAUGCAGUUGUUGUCAUCGAUCAAAAGACCAAGGAAUCAAGAGGAUAUGGUUUUGUCACAUUGGCCGACUCGGAUGACGCAACCGCGGCGAAAGAAACCUUGGACAAGACCGAGUGGGAGGGGAAGCGCAUACGGAUUGACAUUGCCGAACCUAGGAAGCGUAAUGUGUCUGAGAACACAGCUGCUUCGGUUGUGCCAAAACAUGGCAGGGAAGGAGCCCAAAAGCCGACCAAGCUUAUCGUCCGAAACCUCCCAUGGAGCAUCAAAACUCCAGAACAACUUUCACACCUUUUCAGAAGCUACGGAAAAGUCAAGUUUGCGGAUCUGCCUCAGUCCAAAGGUAAGCUUCGUGGGUUUGGAUUUGUCACUCUUCGCGGGAGAAAGAAUGCGGAGAAGGCCCUGGAAGGUGUCAAUGGGAAGGAAGUCGACGGACGCACGCUAGCCGUAACUUGGGCUGUAGAUAAGGAUACAUGGGAGCAAUGUGAGAGGGAAAAGGGCAGUGAUGCAGUUGGCGAACAGAAGCAGGAUGAUGAGGAUGAUGACAAGUCGUCCGAAAGCGACGGCGAGGUCGCCACCAGUCGCAAAAAUGAACAAGACGGUGAGCUGGACGCCGACUUGGAAAAUUUCAUGAAGAAGCACAUGCAGAACAUGGAGGAUGAAGACGAUGAAGACGAGGAUGACGAGGAUGACGACGAGGAUGACGAUGGUGGACAAAAACCUUCGAAGAAGCCUACGGACAAUUCUUGCACGGUGUUCGUCCGGAACCUUCCUUUCGUCACGACGGACGACCAACUGAAGGGCUUCUUUUCUCAUUUCGGAACAGUUCGAUAUGCCCGCGUUGUUAUCGACAAGGUCACUGAAAAACCAGCCGGAACAGGUUUUGUGUGUUUCGUACGAGAAGCCGAUGCCAAGGAUUGUGUCAAAGGAGCACCACACUCGGCGCCUUCGGCUGCAGGAGCAAAGCCGUCUUUGCUCUUGGACGAAAAUGCUGAUCCAUCCGGGAAAUACACCCUCGAUGGCCGCCUCCUGCAAGUGGCUCGCGCCGUGAACAAGGCAGAAGCAGCAAACCUCGCCGACAACUCUCUCGCCAAGCGAAGAGAGAAGGAUAAGCGCCGGCUUUACCUGCUAUCUGAAGGAGCUAUCGGUCGCGAGUCUCCUCUACAUGACCUGUUGACCCCACCCGAAAUACAGAUGCGGCAGGCCAGCGCCAAACAGCGGAAGAAGCUAAUACAGAGCAACCCCAGCCUGCACCUGAGCUUGACAAGGCUUGCUCUGCGAAAUAUCCCACGAAACAUGGGCUCCAAAGAGCUGAAAGAAUUGGCGAGAAAGGCAGUCGUUGGCUUCGCCACCGACGUCAAGGAAGGCCGUCGCCAGCCUCUUUCGAAGGAAGAGAAUGCCCGAGACGGAAAGGAUGCCAAAGAAAAAGAGCGUCAACGAAAGUUAAAGGGCAAAGGCAUUGUGCGACAGGCAAAAGUGGUUUUUGAGAGCAAUCAGGGAUCCAAGAUUGAGGAAAAGAACGGCGUUGGCAAGAGUCGCGGCUACGGCUUCAUUGAAUACACGUCACACCGCUGGGCCCUUAUGGGUCUACGGUACCUCAAUGGGCAUCAACUGCAAGAUGGAAACGGCAGGAAACAAAGACUUAUUGUCGAAUUUUCCAUUGAGAAUGCAAACGUGGUGCAGAGGAGGCGUGCCGCGGAAGAAAAGUCGGCUCAAAUUGCCCAGGAACGCAAGAAAGGCCUGCACCAGCACCCAGAUGAAGGAAAGGCCAACUCUGACAAGCAAUCGCGUAGCAAACCAGGGGUUCCUGACAACAACAACAAGACCUCCCAUCUAGGUGGCAACGAUCGCGACAAAUCAAGAACAGGCAAGGCCGAAGACAUGACGCAGAGGCUCAUUGCGAGGAAGCGAUUGAUGAGAAAGAAGAAGGCUACAUCAAGAGGCAAGAAAUAG